AUGACUGAAAGCCAAGUCAUGACGUGUUUGCAAAUCAACAACCUUCCAGACGAGCUCCUUGUUGCGAUAUUCUGGCCGUCCAAGCGUCUCUUCUCCCGCCAGUCCGACGAUGACAAUGUGUGGGCGUCCGUGUGGCCUACCCCGCGGUUUAUUCGCGAAAAUGCCGACGAGCCAUCGUACCAGCAGAGCGAACCCUUGUUUCCGAACCCGACUCUACCCCCAGCUUUCGCCGACGCCGCUUAUAACCUCCUCGUCGCGUCAGUGUGCCGUCGCUGGCGUCGCCUAGCUGAGCGCCACGUCACGACGCUUCUCGUUAAGGAAAGACGCGGCGUCUCUCGCGAGGAUCUCGCUACCGCUCUGAACCGCUUCCCAAACCUAACACACCUUCAUCUCAACGACAGCUGCCUGGAGACCAUCGACGACGCCUUUCUCGCUCGCGUCGCCGCAUCGUGCCCUAAUCUGACAGCUUUUCACGUCGGGGGAGGGAUAGAGCAGAACCUGGACGAGGAGGAGGAGGAGGAGGGCCAGAGGUUGCUGACCGGAGCUGGCUUGGAUGUUUUCUUCCGCCGGUGCACGCGGCUGGAGCAUCUAUCGCUGGGCUGCCUCUCCAGUUGUCUCGUGCUCCCACCUUCCUUCUAUCAGCUCAUGCACCUCCGCUCGCUCGCGAUCGCCGAUCGGUCGGCGUUGUCGGCUCCCGGACUCAAGAAUCUAUCUUCUCUCACCGCUCUCUCCCUCAGCGCGGCGAUCUGGUUCCAGGAUCUGCAUAUCCUUGCUUCGUUCCCAAGCCUCACCCAUCUCUCCUUGUCGGAAAGGAUCUCUCAGUUUCAACCAAGGCCGCUGCCUUCUCCUCCGUUCUCAUUCGCGCAUCUGCCGUCGCUCAAGUCGCUGAACCUGGGUGACAGCUGUCCGCCGUUCGACGUCAUGUUUCCCUCAGAAUCGCCCUGCAGCCUGCUCGAACGCCUCACGCUCAACCGCUGCCAUGAGCUCGCCGCUCUCCCACACGACUUGGAGGACCGCCUGCCGUGUCUCCGCGAGCUCACCAUCAGCGGGUGCAGGUCGUUUCUCGAGCAGCCAGAGCAGCUCACCUCCUUGACCAACCUGCGCAGCCUGAAGCUCUCCGACUGCAGUUUGGUCGGCCUGCCUCAUGAUUUUGGCGAGCUCUCUGCGCUGAAAACGCUCGUGCUGCACAAGCUGAAUGUCGACCUCCCUGCCUCGUGCAGCCAGCUCAAGACUCUAGAGACGCUGUUAGUCACAGACUGCGCACAUCUACGCGAGUUACCUGAAGGGUUCGGCGCUCUCACUGCGCUCAAGACGCUGUGCUUUGCGGGCUCACCUUCUCUGAUCCUUCCUCAUGACAUUGGCCAACUCACCAACCUGCAGACUCUUUUCCUGAAAUCGUACCAGCAACGCCAUCUGCUCCCAUCCUCCUUCACCCACCUAGCUUCGUUGACAAGGCUUGAGCUUCAGGACUGCGCAUUGGCGGAGCUCCCAGAGGCGAUGGGGGAGCUAAGAAGCCUGCGGGAGCUCUACAUCCAAUCCUGCUCGCACAUCCAGAAGCUUCCCGACUCCGUUUCAGCCCUCCUGGGCCUCGAAAUUCUCAAGGGUCCACCAGGCCGCCAUCACUUCUCUUCCUUCCAACUUCUCGCGGCUCAGCAGGCUGCAGGUCCUGGAUUUGGAGGAUUGUAA